GGGGGGUGGAGUUAGUCUAGUCUUCUGCACAAAAUCUGUAAGUCAUGGCUGAAGUAGUUGCACCUUCCAAGAUAGUGGUUAGUAGCUCUAAGAGCAGCAGCCGUGUGUUGAAGGUGACCGCUGAGGAGCCUUCUACUGACAGCAAAGACUCUACUUCCAUCAAAGUCAUCUGUUUAGGAGACAGUGCUGUAGGGAAAUCAAAGCUGAUUGAGAGAUUUCUAGAAGAUCAAUAUAAGCCUCAGCGACAGUCAACGUUUGCAUUGACUCUGUACAAGUACGAGACCAAGGUCAAGGGUCAAAAAGUCUUAGUAGAUUUCUGGGACACUGCUGGACAGGAGCGCUUCAAUAGCAUGCAUUCCUCCUACUAUCAUCAAGCUCACGCCUGUGUACUGGUGUUUGACACGACGCGUAAGGUUACAUACAAGAAUCUCGGUCAUUGGUAUGAAGAGUUGAGACAGCACAGACCAGACAUUCCCUGUAUACUAGUGGGCAACAAGAUAGACGUCGAUUAUCAGGUGACGAAGCGAAGCUUCAAAUUUGCUCGAGCCAAUCACCUUCCUUUUUUCUUUGUGUCUGCUUCAGAUGGCACCAAUGUUGUCAAGGUAUUCAGGGAAUCCAUAAAAGCCGCCCUUCUCUACAAGGACAGCUCGACAGACUUUCUCGAUGAAGUGAUGCGAGAGUUGGAGGCAAUGGAUGACUUGUCAUCUGUGCAACCAGUUCUCACGAAAGAAGAGUCAGCUAUAAACGAACAUUCUGAACCCUCAUCGUCCAUUGAUACAUGAACUGUAUUAAUUACGUUAAUUCAACUUAUUUAUAAAAUGUUAUCAUGCUAGCUAAUAUGCAGUACGUGUACAUGCAGUCAUAUCACUUGCUAAUUAUCGACUUAACAGUUGUAUUGUUGUUCUUAUCAAACUAUAAUUUA